GAGUGCGCCGGCGCUUGUUUGGCGGAGGGGGAAUCGGCCGCACAGACAGCGCGGUCUAGUUGGGGGAGCUGCUGGGAGGGUGGAUCCGGCAACUCCCUGGGAGGCAGACUCAGGCAGACGGGCGGGUGCUGGGAACCGAGCGGCGCACAUUCAUUCCCUGCGGGUCCGUGAAGGAGUCGGUGGCCCCAGUGGACGCCAGUCAGCUUUAAGAAAAAGUAGAAAUCACUUCUGACUGUACUAACUAGCAAAAACUAAGUGCAAACCAUGGCACUGCCAUUCCGGAAGGACUUAGAAAAAUACAAGGACCUUGAUGAAGAUGAGCUCCUUGGGAAUCUGUCAGAAGUAGAACUGAAACAGCUGGAAACUGUUCUGGAUGAUCUUGACCCUGAGAAUGCCCUUCUGCCUGCAGGGUUCCGGCAGAAGAACCAGACAUCAAAGGCUGCCACGGGGCCAUUUGAUAGAGAACAUCUCCUUUCAUUUCUGGAGAAGGAAGCUUUGGAGCAUAAGGACAGGGAAGACUAUGUACCUUACACUGGUGAAAAAAAAGGGAAAGUAUUUAUCCCUAAACAGAAACCUCUACAGACUUUUACAGAAGAAAAAGUAUCUCUUGAUCCAGAAUUAGAAGAAGCUUUGACCAGUGCUUCUGACACAGAGUUGUGUGACCUUGCAGCUAUUCUUGGGAUGCACAAUUUGAUAACGAAUACACAGUUCUGUAAUAUAGUGGGAAGUAGUAAUGGUGUCGACCAAGAACAUUUUUCAAAUGUGGUAAAAGGUGAAAAGAUUCUUCCGGUCUUUGAUGAGCCACCAAAUCCAACCAAUGUUGAAGAGAGUUUAAAGAGAAUUAAAGAAAACGAUGUUCGUCUUGUUGAAGUUAAUUUGAAUAAUAUAAAAAAUAUUCCAAUUCCAACCCUAAAAGAUUUUGCAAAGGCUUUGGAAAUCAACACACAUGUGAAGCAUUUCAGUCUGGCAGCCACACGGAGCAAUGACCCUGUUGCAAUUGCUUUUGCAGAUAUGCUGAGAGUAAACAAAAAUUUGAAGAGUUUAAAUAUGGAGUCCAACUUUAUUACAGGAGCUGGUAUUCUAGCACUGAUUGAUGCUUUAAGAGAUAAUGAAACCCUCACAGAGCUCAAGAUUGACAAUCAGAGGCAGCAGUUGGGGACGGCUGUAGAAAUAGAAAUGGCCAAGAUGCUCGAGGAAAAUACAAAUAUCCUUAAGUUUGGAUAUCAGUUUACGCAGCAGGGUCCCCGAACCAAGGCAGCUAAUGCUAUAACAAAAAACAAUGACUUAGUUCGCAAGAGACGAGUUGAAGGAGACCACCAGUAAGUCCCCCAAGGUAUAACCUUUGGAAGACUUCGAAAGCUCACCAAAGGCUUGUGUUGGUGAUACCAGAUGUAAAACUUUCCUGGGUAGAAGGGAAAAGACUGGAAAUCUUUCUUUCUUUUUCUAAACUACAUGUAUCUUUUUUUUAGUUUGGUACAACUUUCAAAUUGUAAAAUCAAUAGUAGGUGAUAUUUUAUAUUUUAAAGUGUUUUUUCUACUUUCUGCUAAAAUCCAUUUUAAUUUAGCUUGAGUGAUUUAUGUUGGAUUUUGGGUUAAGAAAUACAAUUAUUAAAAAACAGGAAGUCCUAGAGAACAAUAUGAACACUUUAAGAACCAAUCUUUCUUAAACCCAAAAGGGCCGUCGCUGAUAUCAGGACUGCUGUUGCACCUCUUAGGUACAAGGCAUUUCCUUAUUCUAGGACAUGGAGACUUUUCCACAUUUUAGAAGACAUGAGCUUGGCACAAAUGUGCUUUGUGCUUCUAUUAAGAAAGCCCAAUGCCAGAAUUUUAAAACAGAUUGACUCAAAAAUCUCAUCAUCUGUUUAGAAGUAAAAGCAGAUCUCUAGGAGAGAAAAUAGUCUCCUGUGCAUUUCGGGUUGCUGCACUUGUCUGAUGUGUUUUAAAAGGAUAGUGACAUCUAAAUUCAUUACAGUUUUUAUUUUAUUUAAUAAUGUGGGCAUUAUUAAGUUUUUGUGAAAGCCCAUAGUUAAAAGCACCUGAAUAGGAAAGCUAUUUUCUUUCCUGAGAAGGCAUAUAGCCAACUCUCGGUUAUUUAGGGUAAAACAAAAAAAGAAAGCUGUUGUUAAAUACAUGAAAUCAAAGAUAACAAACAUGAUGGAGGUUAAGUCUGAGGAGCACACAGAACAGUCAUUUAACUGAUGGUUACUGUAAAUGAGAAACUGGCAUGUAUAUAAACCAAGUGUUGCACAGUUUAGUGAGAAGUUUCUUUACGCAAUGCAGAAUUCUUUAAACGGUAUUUAAAAAAAACAAAAAAACGGUAUAUUUAAUCACUUGCUACAAAUUUUCCAACCAGUAAGGAAAACAGAUCUUCUUCAUAAGCCCAAUUUUUACUCUGUUUCCUUUCAUCUUGUACUUUUUUGUCCAUAUUGUGUAAAAGUAAUUUCUCAUAACAAAGGUUGUCUUCCUGUUACUCAAAGUAUGAAAGUGACAAUUGAAGCGUACUGUGCUGGGAAGACUGACUGCAGCACCACCAGUGCAAUAGAGGAUUUGGACCUGUAUCCAGGCCGUUUCCAGGGCAGCCGCAGAAGCAGGAGAUGGAAGCAUCACCACCGCUACUGAAGGCAGGGAGGGGAAAGGAAUCUGAGCAAUCCUGGCCUCAAAAAUGCAGGCCUGUCUGUAUCACUAACAGGGAGAUUUUUCUAAAGGGAAGAUCUCGUUUCAGAGGAGUGGAGAGGUCUGUAGUUAAUGUUUGAAAUUGAAUUACAAAAUGUCUACCCCUCUGGCUUGGGGUGGACAGUUUACCCAAUGAGGUAGGCAGCUUCUUGUGUACUAUGGUAAUAAGCCUUCUUAAGGUGUUUUUGUUUCUUUGAAUCAGUGUCCAGUGCUUUAAAGGGGCCAAAGAUUUACUUUGCACUAUUCCCUUGCGGUUAUAGGCUGCUGAUUUUUUUUUUUUUUUCAGUUAGCAAGUUUCUUUCUCUCUCCCUCUCUCCCUCCUUUUCAUAUACAACUUUGGAAAUGUACUUGAUUUAAGAGACUGCACUGUUCCAGCAGGGUGGGGCGCAAGCAUGGAGCAGGUAGGUUAGGCUACCAUUACACUUUCAGCUAGGCUGCCUUGCUUGCCCUGUCCUGUAAGACAAUACAUUGAUAAGUAUGUUACCCCUUCCUCCCAUAAGUUGUUUUUUUUGUUCUUUUUUUUAACAUAGGUAGGUAGAAUUGUAUAUCAUACUUAUGGGUAAUAUCUUUUUCACUUAUUAUUUAUCAAAGUUUGAAGAAGUUGAGUGUUUUGCUUGUACCAUUCCAGUUCGGAGUUACAACAGUUCAUUAUGUAAUUGAAGAAAAGAUUUCUUCAUAAAUAACUUUAAAGAUGAACAUUCAUCCUAUUGAAUGCAGAAAAAUCUUUCAAGAAUUGUAAUUACAAGGGAGAAAACUGAUGUUUACUUUGAUCUUUAAAAAUCCGGCACCUCUUAACCUUUUAAUAACUCUCAGAAUUUCUACAUUGCUCUAAAAUUUUGUAAUAGAUUACGGUUGAUUUUUUUAAAUCAAGUAGUCUUGAUUUUUAAACCAAAGGUAUUCUAAGACCUUAAGUUUUGUAGUCUAACCAGUUUAAACUUAUCUGGUUAUCUAAUCAAAAAUAUUCUUUACAUUAUUAAAUUGCUGUUUUUUAAAAGUUUGUAACUUCCCGUUUUAUAAAAUUUUAUAUUCAUAUUUGACGUUCUAAGUUUUCCAUUAUGUCUACAUGAAAUUGUAUGUAUUUUAAAAGUUAAUAUUAACUGCUAAUAUUUGUUAUUAAAAUGGAUUUUGGUGCUAUAUACUUGUAGCGAAAGCCUGGUAGAAAUCUAAAAUGUAGGUGAAAUACAUUUUCUAAGGGUGCCUGUCAUUUAAAAGACCAAGUAAACAUUUUGUGUUUAAAAAAAUUAGAUUGUUAGAGACUUCAAGAAUUACCUUGAUGGUUAAAUUGCAGAUUCUUGUUAUUUGAAUGAAAUAACCCGCACAUUUGCUUUAUGCACUGUGUGCACUCUGGAAAAGUUACAUGUAAAUAGAACUCUGUAAAUCAUUUUUCCAUUGACAGUAUCUGAUGUAUUUUCAUUUUUAAAAAGGGAUGCCAUGGUAUAAAAAAAUUAGAAGAAAUGUUUUGAUAAAAUGUUAGUCAUGUUCUAUUGUACAUUAUUUUAAACCCUUGCAGCCAUUAAAAUAAGAUGAAAAGAUUCA